AUGAUUUUCUCUUUGAUUUGUGAAAAUCUUCUUACUCCAUCGAAUUCUAUAUUUCGAAACGCUUACAAAGACAAAUUGAUAGAAGUAUAUGUGAGUGGAUCAUCCUCACAAUAUAUAAAUGGAAGCAAACAGCUUACUAAGCCAGAAUACGCUUUUGAUCAAGUAGAUAAAGUAUAUGACUGGUGCUCCAACUGCGGUCGUUCACAUGAUGAACAUCCAUGGGCAAUUUAUUCCAUCAAAAACAGAGUUAUGCGGAUACAGGGUUAUUACCUUAAAGCAGGAUGUUGUGAUGAUGGCGCCGAAUGCUGUUGCUUUGAUAACUUGUAUUGUUGCGAUUGCUGCUUGUACAGUUGGUCACUUCAGAUUUCAAACGAUAACACAACCUGGAAAACAGUUCACAAGGUCGAGAAAGACUCCGAAAUGAGGAGAUGCAAAGAGAAAAUCUACAAAUUCAGUGAAACAUACACUACAAAGUACGUUCGUCUUAUUCAAGACGAUACUUGCCCAGGCGAUCCACCAUGCAUUGCUCUUAAUAAGAUAGAACUUCUCGGAGUUUUAGAUGGCGAUAAUGGCAUUGUUUUUGAGGAGCAAGAAAACGAAGACGACGAUGUCAGCAUCAUUGGUCACAUUUCAAAGAAUAGAGUUAACUAA